AUGGGUGUGCGUGCUGAGCCAGGGCUGUUUGCGUUGAUUACUUCUUAGACGCUGCUUCAGACAAACCUCUGGACACUCAGCUCUGGCUCCUGGAAUCAGCUGAAUUUCCUCCUGGACAGGCCCAAGAACGACCAUGCCAUUGGCUGAAGAUUUGUUUGAAAUGUCAUAGAUUUUAGAAAAUGAUGUUUCAACACUUCAGAGCACGGGGAGUCUGCGACAGUUUACCCAGAACAGCCAUUGUGGACUGAGAGGAUGAAAUCGGUCGCCUUGGUAAGUUUGAAUUUGUUAUUAACUGAGAAAACGUGUAUUCAGCCUUCAUAUUCAAAACCUUACAGACUGAAAAGUGUGUGCACACACUGGCAACACUGGAAAGGUUCAUCUAACUUGAGAGUGAUGUUACUGCGGCCAAAAGCCUAUCAUUAUGUAGUUUCAGUCUGGUGCUGAGAUGGCUUUUUGGACAGUUUGACUGCAGUGGAUGAUACUCUGCGCAACUUUAACAAACUGCAGAUAGAAACUCAGAAGUGAAAGUUUCAAGACAGUUGACUUGACCUGAAGGGGCUACGCAGAAGUGAAAAAGGACAGCCAGGUAAGUGGCCUUUUUUGAGUUGUUACACCACCAUAGCAUAUCUUUUUUUUUCCAUUUAUUCCUUGAGUGACAUUGCAAAAUGUACAUACUGAAAGCAGUUUCCUAAAAGAUACAAGCACUGAUAUAUUCAAACGUUUUACAAAAGCAGUAUGUAUAGUGCAUCUGCCUCAAAUAUGGGCUUCUCUUUGAGUUAAUUCUAAGAGGCUGUGUCUGUGUAAUCUCAUAAAGAUUGAUGCCGGCUGCCUGCCACACAACACGUCAGGAUGCAGUUGAUUAAAAGUCAUCAUGCUCAUAAACAAAAACAUGAUUGAAAUGUCCCCAAGGCAACCCCAUUCUUUUGAUUUCAUGCUGUAACAUGAACCUCCUUGUUGCUGUCGUCUUUUUUUUGUUGACAGAGAUCUAAAUAAAGAGGUGGAUAACCAUAAUCAACCAUCAAGAUCAUACGCAGUUAGUCAUCAUUAUAAAAGAGAUAAAAGCUUCAGCAAAAGAUAGAUUUUAUGCAUUCAUUAUACAUUCUGUCUUCUAAAUCUCAGAGCUGUAUAACAACACUUGCAUCGAAUUUUUGCCUCACAGACCUUCAUGUUGGGCAUGAAGUGAAAUUUAGAGUUGAUUCUGCUCUUUGUCAUGUUUUAAAGUGUCUUUAUGACAUUCACACUUUUAUUCCUGCUGCCUAUCUACCUGACUUUAGCAUUUAAUUCAAUAUUACCUGAUACUCAGACACUUGGCAUGCUUUGGCAACCUGCCGCCCUCUGGCAUCAUUACUAAAGCCAUAAUUUAGGGACCUAUUCACCCAGCUUUGGAAGCCGCAGAGUUUGGGGAAAAUAUCUGUUGAAAAUGAAAAGACCUUUGCACGCUAUUCAACACAGACACGUUUGGACAGAGUUAAAAGAGCCGACAAAAGAAGCCCACUGCUGCUGUGACUCUGCCUUAUGAUUAUGGUGACAUGACAACCUGCGGUGAACCUGAUAUUCAAGGUUACUGAGGGAUUACUGAAGCCAGGAACAUCUUGUUUUGUUGUGUAACACCCUAUGAAUGCAGGAAAUGUAUUACUGGCUUCUGCCCAGAGUCACAGGAAUAUACUUUACCACUUUGACCUUGCCUGGUAUUUUUGUGAUUGAUUGACAGGUCUGAUCUGUAACCAUGGGAACGAGGAUGGAGGUGGCACAGCUUGAGAGCAGAAUGAGCUCUGAGGACUACAGAAAACUACAGGGCCUCUUCCAUGUGAGUGUUGGUUUCGCUGAAGUUUUAAAUCUCAGCACAUUUACUUUUCUUCUUUUAACCAUUUAUUUAUUAACAUUUUCUCAUAAACAGUAUACAACUUAAUGAGCAACAGUAGAACAACAAAUUUCAUCGAAACCCGGCCCCCUCCCUGAACAAACUCAAUAGGUCAACUCUUACCUACAUCCUUAAAACUAAAAGUAAUAAUAAUAAUGAUAAUAAUGAUAAUAAUGAUAAUGUGAAUAAAUAAAAUGAUAAAAUGAAAUAGUAAUGAUGAUAAUAAUUAGAAUUAUUAUUAUUGUCAUAAUGAUAACAAUAAAAACAAUAAUGCAAAUAAAUAAAAGGAUAAAAUGAAAUAAUGAUUAUAAACAUAAUUAUAAUAAUACAAAAAUGUUAUCAUUAUUAAUUAUAAUAAUCAUAAUAAUAAUAAUAUAAAAUAAAGUAUAAAUGUAAAUAAAAUGAUAAAAUAAAUAAUAUCAUCAUUUUAUACCAGAAAAUAUAAAUGAAAAUAAAUAAAAUGAAAUAAUAAUAAUAAUUUAAUAAUAAUAAAUAAAUAAAUAAACAAGUUAGUUUAAAAAUUAAAAACAUUUUAAAAAAUUAAAGCAAAAUCAUGCAGCAAAGUUCAAGACAUUGACAAUGGAAAAGCACAGCUACUCCUGCAGAUGUGCCACAAUUAACAACCAUCACCACACCAUUGACAGUAUUUAUCUAGUUAUCUGUGAGAAGUUAUCCAGAUACAUUUUAAAGUCAUUCCAGCAUUUGUCAGAAAGAUGGGGUUUCUUUUUCAUAAUGAAUUUAAUUUUUUCAGAAGUCAUGUAAGAUGCAACUUCCUUAAGCCACAUUGAGGCAGUCGGUGGGUUUUCACUUUUCCACAGUAUAGCGAUGCAUUUGCAUAUUUACUUUUCAUCAGAAACACUUGGAACUGAGUUAUACAUGUUUAUCAGGAAAGGUAAAUAUAGUAUCUCUAGGACUGAUGAGAAAUCUGCAGUCAGUUUUUCCCAUUGAUCUCCGCACAGGAUCCCUCGGGUGCACCUCGCUCCCUGUCCAGAGCUGAAUUCAUCAAUCAGGCUUGGUCAUCAGUCGGCUGUGGCUCCAAGGAGGAAUAUGGCCUCCUGUUUGACAGUGUGGUCAUCACUCAGGAGCAUUGUGGCCUCCUUCUGGAUAUUGACACAUUGAAGGAAGAGGGAUGCAUCGACUGGGCAGGACUGUGCAGUUUCCUGCUCCUGGAGCUUUCUGAUAAAAUGAAGAACAGUAGAACCAGCAGUGUGCCCUGCUGGAUGCCACCGCGUACACUGACUUGUCCUCAUCGAGAUCCCAUUCAGAAGGUAAAAGUGUCACUGCACUCUUAGACAGUAAAUAAAAGAAGAGUCAGUAACCGAGGUUCAAACAUCUUCCCUAUUUAAAACCCAUGAUCUAUUGUAGAAAAUUAACCGAAAAUCAUUUUGACAUUGACUGACUGUCUGGAGAAUCCAGGACUCUGCUGACUUGCUGGAAUUUCACAUUAUUAAACACUAUGUGAGGAAAAGUCUGAAAGUAUUAGGGUCUUGCUCAUCAAAAUGGCCCACCUCUUUUCGAGAUAAAUGGCUCUGAACUCCUUUAAGUUUAACAUCUAUCAAUUAAAAUGUAAAUGAAGCGGGCCCUGCAAAGUGCCCGCCGCCGUGGAUAAAGUGAUGGCUCACCACUUCAGUCUUUCAAUCCUGAGAAUGUCAAAAUGUCAGAAUGUUGUGUAAGUUGUUUUCCAAACGGCCAAAGAGUCUUGACCUAUUUAGCUAAUGGAAAAUUUGAAUUUCCCCUCCAGAGAUCAAUAAAGGAUCAUCUUAACCGUACUGAGGAGGCAAAAAGUGCAAUAUUGUUAAGAAGACUAAUUUCUGACACUUACGCUGUCAGUGAAGUGUGGAGCAGUUGAAGCAGAUGAACAAAUAAGAAUAUGAGUAAAAUCACAUGCCUGGGCAUAAACACAACAUUUUCAUAUCUCAAGUCCUGAUACUUCAGUUUUUCAUUCAGUUUAGUUGAGAAAAAGAGAACGCUCAAGAAAAUCAAACUCACCACUGACAACAACCUGCAAGGGCUACUUCUCUUGCAACAGGUGGCAAGAUUUUGAGAGAAAUCUGUCUAUGGUUUACACUGGACUCCCAUAUAGUCGGGUUUUCAUCAAAAUGAUCAUUCACCGUGAGAAGGACUGAGAAGAAAACCCGCUUCAUACGGUUCAAAAUGAACCUUGUCUGAUGUGAGGGACCCUUUCGAUGUAUAGAAAACACAUUUCACCUAUUUAACAUUAGAUUCUGACUGACAUUUACUGUAAAACAGGUAUAUGGUAAACAUAAUUAUAGCCACCUCUGUUUCUCAUAGCAGACAUCAAAGAAGCCCUGGGUGUCAGUAACCACGUUUACAUGGGCAAAGUUUCUUGAUCCGAUUAAAAAUGUGAGGGAUCGGAUAUUCUGAAUCCACUGUUUAUAUGGGUUUCAAAAUCAAAUAAUCCAAUCAUGACAUGCGUAUACAUGCACAAAGCUUUAUUCAGAUUUGAAGCAUAUGAACAUGUGCAGAGUUGUCUAAUUUUGCUAAAACAACCGCAUAAGAAGAGUUGUAUUUACGCUUGUGCUGUCAACAAACCAAAAAACAUGGUAGUGGCUCACUCCAUCCAAUUCAAGAGUUUUCCCCGUGUUAAAUGUUGUCACUAGAUGGCGCCCUUGCUUACUUAUUUUACUGUUCUGUCAAAGGUUGCACUGUGCAUGAAGAUGUGACAUCACUACGCUGUAUGUACGCCUUGUUAUGUUAUCAGAGGAGCAGACACGGCACCUACAAUUGUGUUUUAUGCCAGAGUGUUAAUAAUGAAACCUCCUGUACUGACCUUGAUAAAUAAACCAAAGACUAAAGAGUGAAGAUCGAGUCAGGUAAGAGAAUAACGAUCAUUAUAAGUAUUUACAUGGAUGUCUUACAGAAUAACGAUCGGCAUAAACCACCACUUUUGAUCGGAAUACAGUUUAUUUCCGAUUGAGCCGAAUUGGAUCAGAAUCUUUCGAUUGACAUGUUUACAUGACGCAUUUUUAUUCCGAUUAUUUGUGCCCGUGUAAAUGUACCUACUGCUCAUCCUUACACCAGCCUGCUGUUGGAUCUAUUUAAAUCAGGUUGCUUCAGUCCAGUCUACUUUAUGGUCAUCAUUAUUUAAGUCUUCAAAUCCAGACUCAAAACCCACCUGUUCAGAUUAGCACACUCCUUAUAAUUUACCUCGUCAUGUUCUUGUUUGUUUUAUUUAUACAUACAUAUAUCUACUUUUUUCCCCUAUUUUGUUUUGUUUUUUUCUCUAUUGAUUUUAUCCUGUUGUUUUUAUUCUGUAAAGUGUCCUUGAGUGUCCACAAAGGUGCUUAUAAACAAAAUGUAUUAUUAUUAAUGGUUAUUUUUGAAGAAGUAACUUAAUUCUCUGCAGAUGUGCUUGAAGUUGCCUCUGUUCAGCAGUACCUGUUCAUACAAAGGAGUUAUCAUGCCAGGUAUUUGGGCACACAGAGAGCUGCAUGGGGAGCUGUGCAAUAGGCUGUUUUUCACUUGGACACAGAGUGCUGCGCUCCUUGGCAGAGCUGAAGGUAGCCACCAAGAGAGAAGCCUCAAGUCAGCUGACUGGUUUAAGUUUCAGGACUUACAUACACACCCAUUUUGUAGUUUAGCCAAUAAAAUGGCAUCAUCCAUUAAUUCUUUAUGUUUUAUUGGCUUGUGCAAAAAGGAAUCUACCACACACUUAUUUUGAUUCGACAAGAAGAAGAUUUAAGGUGGAGGUCAAGCUUAAUUUAGCUAAGCAAGUGUAAUUUUAUGACUAAAGAUCAGCAAGAAAGCAGAGGAAGUACUUUAUUCUGAGAUAUUUUAAAUUGUAGCCUCCAUUUUACUAAUUAACUCCACAUUAAAAUGUUAAAACUGCAUCGCCAAAAGCUGUAAAGCUGUCAGUUUAACAAAGUGUGAACUCUGCAGACCAACGAGUUUGCUACUUUGCACAGGGCUUACAUUUGUCUGGGUUUAAUGUCAGUUUUUAAUGUCCUCUGAUCUCUGCAGGUGUUACACUCACAAAGUUCAGGUCAGUAUCUGACCGUGAGUAAAGGAGGAACUGUGGGGCAGUGGGGCGUAGACGACAUGUCCCUUUUGCAGACAUAUCGACUGCAAAACUGCACAGUCACACCCAAGGAUCUCUGGGUCACUGAUGUGGUCUUACUUCACAACCUAAACAAGGUGAAUGGUGCUGACAGAUAAAUUGAUUGGUCCUCUUGUCAUGAACCUUGUAUAAUGCUAAAACUGAUAGAUGUGAUAAGAAGCUUCAGUAUCGUGAAGAACGGCCUUUUGUCUAUUAAAUUAAACAUUGAUCUCUAAUUUGCUCAUCGGCAUUACAGACAUUCGACUGUUACUGAUGAGAUAACUUACGAGUCAAAUAAAACCAUUAGUUGAGAAAUUAAUCAUUCAAAAAAAAAAUCUGAGUUGAUAAAAAUGUAAUUAAACAGUCAGGGCUGUUUGCUGUCCGUACAGUGUGUGUCUCUAUUUCUAAUAAUGUCUCUCUUUCUGUCGUCUUCUCAGAUAGCUGUGUCUUUUACAAGUAAGGAGGUGUGUUUUUAUGACAUUCUGUCUGAACAGAACUUCAGCUGCAAGUAUAAACUCCAGGUAAUUAUUAUUGUCUGCUAAAAUACCAUAUGAUGAGUUUUUAGUCGGUUGAGAAAUACUGAAAUUAACUUUAAUAAGAACAAUUUAUAGACUCACAAGUAGGGGAGACCAGGGCUUGUUGUCACAUGGGUAAGUUGUCACAUUGCAAUUAUCUCUGCCACCAGAGGGCGCGACUAAAAAGUGGAAUACUAGUUUUCUUCCUUUACAUGGUCAGGGGUCGUGUCCUGUCUGAGAAGAGAAGAGCGCCAACUAACCAUUUUGCACAACUCAAAGUAAAAACUAAAUUAACUUUAUAUAUUUUAAAAUAAGCUUCUUCCAGAUAAAAAUCCUAGCAGUGAUACAUGUGGACUUGUUAGAGGAGAGAUUAAGGCAUCCUGUCAUACCUCAGUCAUUGUUCUGUUUUAAGAUAACUUUAAGCUAGAGCUAGAAUUAGCAAACAUGGUAGUUUGAGGCAACAUGUGUCAGUCAUUUUGGGAUUACUUGUCACAUGUUUAAAAGGGAUUAAAAUUGAUACAGAGAGUCUGCUUAUCAGCAGCUGUCAUAAUGAAAUUUUGACUUUGUUUUUACAGAAAAUAAGAGUGGGAAGAAAGGGAAGAAAGCGUGAAGACAUGGUCAGGAAUUACAAAAGAAAAACAGAACGUGGCAGUGCAGUGCCUGACGUGAUUUCUUGAACAAUGAUAAUGAUAAAAAUGUUAUAUAACAGAACCUGUAAACACUUAUAAAGUGGCCCAAAUCUGUGACAAAACCACAGAUACAGAACCUUACUAUUUAUACACCUGUCUGUCUGAUUGUGACUUUUGUAUGAAGCAACUGGCGAGAGGGGGGACUAAGUGAGUACCUUUUCUCAGGCAUUAUAUAAGGCAUUAGUAGAUGAAUUCUUCUACUAUGUAUUCACCACACUUUAUUAUUUAGAAUGAUAGCUUUAGUAUAAAAUAAAAAUAUCCUUAAUAUAUCAUGAUAGAAGAUCUAGUUGGACACUUUUCUGUUAGUUCUCUUUCAAGGGUGCUUGGAUAAAAUUAAGAGCAGCUGCAACACCCUUAAAAGGAUCUACAACUCCAUCUAGUCAAUUAAAAGUUUAUAUACAGUACCUGUAAAAGUUUUGACAGACAUGAAAUAUACCACUGUUGACUUCAUUUUUUUAAUCCUCUCAAGGGUUUGAAGUUCACUCCCUGGUGUCUAGACUUCUGGAUGGAUCCCUCUCAGCCUGACCAGGCUGUCCUCACCAUAGGUGACAUCGGUGGGCAGGUAAAAAACAAGGGUAGAGAAAAGCAAAAGAAUAGUGAAGAGAAGUGGAAGGUAGGCAGAAAAAUUUCAGUGUGUUCAUCAGUCCUUUUCUCCCUUGUGUAUGUGUGUGUGUGUGUGUGUGUGUGUGUGUGUGUGUGUGUGUGUGUGUGUGUGUGUGUGUGUGUGUGUGUGUGUGUAUGUGUGUGUGUGUUUUGUCCCAGGUCAGUGGUCUCUACUUUACUUCAGCUCAGAUCUCUCUGUUCGAGACUCUUGGUCUGAGGAAAGACUCUGAUUCUGCUGACAUCAUCCUGUGGGAAGAGCUGGUCAGAGGAAAACAUCACACCUGUUACACUCUGACACACCAAGCACACAUGCCUGCCUGGGUUAGGAAAGGUAGAAAACAAACAAAAGCUGUAUUUUCUGUGCCUUUUUCACACCCAGACUGAGACCUUAGUUAUAGCCUCUCUUUCGUGAAUUCGUCUCUUCUCUUUCUUCAAAAUGACUUUUUCAUAUCCUGCAUAAAUGAAGAGGUCAGCAAAACAAGCUUAACAAGAUGUGAUGGCUGUUGUUUGAAAUUAAGGAAAUCUCACAAUGGCCGAUGGGAUCCAAAUACCGGACAGAACAAAAGCAAGGGUACAGAGCCGGUAGCUCAACGGAUGACAAAAAGAGAACCAAGAACUCUGUAGGUGUCAGGGAUACCUGAUGCACACUUUCACCUUGACAGCCAGGAUGAGAGGCACUGUCUGUGCCUGCUCGCUCGCUCGCUCGCUCUCUUUUUCACUUUAAUAACGGCUUAUGCAACACCAUGGAAAUGCUUGGGUGUGUCUGUGUCGCUGAUGCAUGUACACUCUCUCACUCCCACACACACACACAGACACAUACACACACCUAUAUAUAUAGUCCUGAGUCAUCCACUUUAUAGUCUUGCACAGCCAGACUUUGGACUAUUGGCAUAAAGUCACAGGCUGACGGUUUGGCCUCCUGAGACUCCCUACUUGAGCUCAAUCUGGGUAACAAAGAGGUUGCUUAGUUGUAUCUCGAUUGCAUCAUUGGCACAGAGCUUCUCUGAAGACUCAUUGAGCUGUUUGAUAAUGAUUCAGUGGAGGCAGUGCUCUGAGACUGAGAGGGGAGAUCCUGAUAAAGGAGGAAAACAAGAAUAAAGUACUCCUAAAUAAGCACAGCGAAUGGGGGAAACAAAGGGAAUAAAAAAAAGAAGAGGAAACAGAGGAGACAAUACUGAAACAUUAAAAAGAGCUGUUUAAUUGAAUUUUACAGGCUGUAUUUGCACGUGCACACUGAACUACACAACAUGAUGCACUGUGUCUGUGUGUGAGAAGGGAAAGCAGCGAGUGUCUCCCCGCAUACGUGUGUUGGCAUACCUCUGGGGUGCUGGUGCUGUUCUUUUGAAGUUGCCCACCCUGCAGUAUGAGUGGGCUGUGUAUCAUUAGACAUGGCUGGUUAUCCAGACCUCCUAAACCUAAAGGCUCACAGACCACAGGAGAGGGAGGGAGGGGAGGGUUAGGAAAGAGAGAGACAGGAGAUGGGUUGCAAUGGGGAGGGAGAUUGAGAGGAAAUUAGGAGGAAAUUGGGAUGGACACACACUUGUUAGUCACAGACAGGGAGAGAGAGGAAGUGUGCCAGCUAGAAAGAAACGCAUAAACACAUCCACGUAAUGUUUUGAUGAAAGAAAUGCAAACAGACAUUAAGGAUAAACGUCAGGGUGGAGGUAAAGUCUACGAAAAUGUUUGCGAAACAAAAGAUAUUAGCUUUGAUGUUAGAUUUACAGUCUUUGUAUUCUGAACACACAACUGUAAGCCUAAAGCAGAUGUUGUGUGUCUGAGUGUGCAUCACAAAUAGUUUGAUUUGUGAUUUGUAUGUGUCAGUGAAAGGGAGCAGGCCUCAUUAACCAAUGAUGAGUCAUGCAAUGCUGUCUAAAAAAAUCCACCGAUCUUUUAAUUCACAAGACUGAGCAAAGAUGCGGUGUGUAAAACGCAAUCAGGCGUAAUUAUUUGCCCCUGCUUUGCGGCCGAUCUUUGACCUAUGACUGUCACAUGCCAUCUCACAUCCCGCUCUUAUUUGUGCAGUGUGUGAAAGCUAAGCAGCCCCUAAUAGAGACUUUUGACAUUCAAUUUGGCUGUUACCAAUCAAUGUGAUAAUUGAGAUAGAUACUGAUGCAACAUCUAUUACAUUUUCUGUAAUACCAAUGAGCAAAUCAAACCAGCUUUUAUUCUAUGCUGUGUUGAGCGCCUGUGGGUUCUUUGGAUUACUUUAAAGAAGGAUUUCGGUCAGUGCACAUUACAAACUGAGAGUGGAUGUCCUUCAGAGUUCUGGUAAUGAUAGAUUUGGCUUCACUAGGGAGAUAUAUUUUAUCUAAAGAAAUAAAAUUAUAAGUGUUUCAUCAUGAAAAUGUGUUGCAACAUUUUCUUGGUUUGAAUUUGUUGAAUUUGAUGUACUUCAUUCACACUGUUUAUUCUCCUUUUUGUGUUACUUUCCCUGCACCACACCAUAGGGGGGGUUUCCAUUAAUCGACACUAGGAUGAGUCUGUAUGUAAAAGCAAUAAAAUGAUUCAAGCCCAUUCAUCUCUGCCAUAGACUGUAUACAGAAUGGACGCAGUCUGCCUUCUUGCUGUGUGAAGCCACCACGAGAACAGCACCCUCUGGUGACGGGCUGCAGUAUAGGUCAUAAAUCACACUGUGUUUUAUUUUAUCCAUUGUUUUAAUUGUUUCUUGAUUGUUUUUUAUCUUGUUGUUUUUGUCCUGUUAUGUACAGCACUUUGUACAGCUGUGGUUGUUUUAAAGUGCUCUACAAAUAAAGUUGAGUUGAGUUGAGUUGAGAUAAAUCCCGCUUCCUCCAACAAUCUUUAUGGAGCUGUGGACAAAGUUUAGAAAUUUAUUACACAGAAUAUAAUUUUCCAUAGGGAUUGCUGGAGGAGGCGGGAUUAAUGACCUAUACUGCAGCCUGUCACCAGAGGGUGCUGUUCUCGCAGUGGCUUCACCCAGCUAGGAGGAGGACAGCGUCGAUCCUAUAUACAGUCUAUGAUCCAAAACUGCUGCUUCUCUGUUACUUCACAUACUUCCCACUGAGCUAUGGUAGCCUAAAAUGGUCAAAAUAUACAAACUCAAAAUCACAAAAAAAUCAAAUUUAGCAGCCUCUAGAAAAUAUUUGUUAGACCAUUUCAAUUAAAAAAGAUAAAGUUUCUCAUUUCUUAUUCUGCAAAUUCUCAUCAAGAAUUUCAUCAACUUUAUCACAAGCAGACUGGCUCCUUUCCACUGUCACACACUCCUGUCUACACUUUUGCAAUGAAACUAACUGCAGUAUCUCUUACCCUUAACUUGUUUUUACUUUGGUUUUCCUUGCAGUUUGUUACCUGGGCUCCCUGGAAGCUUUUGUGUCAUGCAGCACAAGACCACAGACUAGCAUGGUGAUUGGCUGGAGGGAAAAGGAAAGCAGCAGUCUCCGAGUUACUUCUUUCUCUACAAAGAGGGGUGUGUGGGACAUGGACCACCACAGAGGACUCAAUCUUAUAGGUGAGAUUUAAUAUUUUCCCAGAUUUAUCACACUGACUGGGGAUAUGAGAGUGUUUGUUCUCACCCUCAUUCAGUUUUUUUCUUUUUUUAAAGUGUGAAUGGAUUUUCAGAGCAUAAUUUCAACUGAAUCAAACAGCAAAAUAUCUUUUUCUAUUCAUGACAAAAAUCUUCAAAACGAUCAACUUCCCUUUAUUAAAACAGAAUUGGUUGUAAGGUGAAACAGUUUCUUGUUACUACUAUUGGUUGGCAUCUCUACUAACACAGGACUUGAAUGAUUGUAGCCACUGCAGGAGUGGAUCAUAUGGUCUUGCUGUGGAACCCUUUUGUGGCCUCUGAGCCAGUUUGUGCACUCAGUGGGCACGCAAGUUCUGUCACUGCAGUCUGCUUUAUGCAGACAAAGCAACAACUGCUCAGCUACUCCAAGGAUAAGGUAGGAGUGUAAGAGACCGUGUGUAAAGAUCAGUGACAAAAAGACCAUUGUAGUUUUUCCCCAUUUAUGACCAUCUGCAAUCCCUUGCAUGUCCCUCUUGAUGUUGUUUCUCCUGCUGCUCCUCCUCCUCACCCUUUUGCAGCUCUUUGCAUGUUUGCCCUCUCUUUUGCUUUUCUGAAGAUGAUGAAUAUUUUAAGAUGUGAUUUAUGUUCUAUCUGCCUUCUGCUCAAACACCAUCUGCCAUUGCAGCUCUGAAAGCUUUACCCUAAUUCCCCCUGCAAACUCAACAGUCAUCAGGUUUGCACCCAUAGCUCCAUCACAGUCAUUAAGUAUUGUGGUAUUUAUUAUCUUUGUGUUGCUCCCACCCCUGUUUACAUCUGCUCUCACCUUCUCCAGGUCCUGUGUCUAUGGGAUGUUUCGAGUCAGCUGUGUGUUCACCGUCUGGUCGGUGUUUUUCCAAAGACUCAGGAGGACACGCGCACCACGCUGUUUCUCCAUGAAGAGAGACAACUCCUUCUGCUAUCCUUUAACAGUCAGCUUCUCCUGCUGGAGACAGUGAAGGAGGACAGGAAGACCAGCAGCCAUGAACACCCUGUUACCUGUGUGCUCUAUAAUAGUCUGUUCAGACAGGUAUGUAGGGCGAAAGGCUCACUUUGAUUUCAAUAUGCAACAUAGGCUUCUGGUGGUAAGAGUAUCAUUAAAAAUAAACAGUUCAUACAAUUUAUAUGAAUGUUUUAAGUAAUUUCUUGACUGAAGUUUGCUUAGUUGUCAUGUCAAUGAAGAGAUUCACACCGAGUUAGACACCCCGUUCGAGAGAUGAAUGUUACCGACCGCUUGCUUCUCUAGUUAUACCAACUUUAGAAACAACCACACGAUAGCAAUACGGUGAGCCACUCGCUUAACCAAAACGCCACUCUAUAGCCACAAAUAAUGCUCAGAACAGCACCUAACUUCAUCAACAGUACAUAUAGGGUCCUAGCCACAGAACUAGCCACCAAACAUCUUUUUAACUUUGCCUGAUUUCUUUAGCAAAGAGACUAAACACAACUCACCAGCUCUCUUCCAGCAGCUGCUUGUUUGUAGGGAGACCUCGGACGAGUCCAUCUCCGACUGCAGCGGGGUGACGCAGCUGAAGGAAGAAUAUUUAUGAUCAUUCCUCCGGGUAAAUGCAAUCACACUGACACGCUAAGGCAGAAGAACUACCGCGUCUGCAGUGCAAAGUGAUUAAUAUGAUGAUUAUAACUUCAAGGAAAUGAUAAAGUAAUGUUCAUAAAUGUUCUUCCUUGAGCUGCGUCACCCCGCUGCAGUCGAGGGACUCGCCCGGAGGUUUACGUACAAACAAACGACUGCCGGAAGAGAGACAGUGAGUUGUGUUUAGUCUCUUAGCUAAAGAAAUUAGGCAAAGCUAAAAAGAUGUUUGGUGGCUAGUGUUAUGGCUGGGACCCUAUAUAUACUGCUGAUGAAGUUAGGUGCUGUUCUGAGCAUUAUUUGUGGCUACAGAGUGGCGUUUUGGUUGAGGUUUCUUUAUGGCUACUCAGACCGCUGUGUAUUGCUAUCGUGCGGUUGUUACUGAAGUUGGUUUAAGCAAGCGGUCGGCAACAUUCAUCUCUGGAGGGGGUGUCUAUCUCGGAUUUAUGGUGUGUUUGAUCCUUAAUUAGUUUUACGCCGGUAUAUCCCUUUCAGUGAGCUAGGUUUUAUCUAUCUGGGAAUGCUGCUAUAAGAUAUGGAGGCCAAAGUCCAGUCUUGUUAAAACACUUUGGGUUUGUAUAGCCUGUUUUAACUAGAUAUGUAUCCUCAAAUUCAGAGUUCUAUUCACAAAUAACUAGUAAAUAGUCACUUAAUCAAACAUGAACACCUCUCACUUUAAAAGGUGAACACACACUCAGUAUUUUUUGGCUCUUUCUUUCAUUUCCACUUGACACCAGCAUUAGUUGAAUACUCCCUUCAGUGGCAGCUUGUCAGUAAAAUAAAGUGUAACCAAGCAUGGAGAAUGGUUUGGUUAUGUGCCGUUAUUAAAGAAAACAUCAGCCGGAGCCGCUUUUCAUGCAGCUUAAAAAUGAUCAGCAUCCUUUUGAUGAUUGACUUCUCCUCUCCGCAGGUAGUCAGCAGUGACUCUGCCUCCUCUGUGAUAUGCUGGCUGGCUGACACGGGCCGAAAGGUGAAACAGUUCCACCGUUGCCAUGGCAACUCUGAGAUCUCAACCAUGGCCCAGGAUGGCACACAGACCCGACUGUUUACUGCGGGUACUGAUGGGGAAGUCAAAGUAGGUGCACACACACUCACACACUUGUUCAGCUGUAAACCAUGACCGGUUAGACUUAUCCCCGUCGAGACAUAAACUCUGAAAUGCACUAAAUAAAACGGGAUAAUGUAAAAAUGCCAAGAGGAUAGUAAAGUAGUACAGUUGAGUCUUCUCUAGAGAUAGGCCGGUCUAUUAGAUUCCUGCCUUCAAACACAGUGGGGCUAGAUUUAUAUUUGAUGCAGGGGUAAAUGAUAACAUUAAGCAUUGAUGUAUACCACAAGACUACCACAAGAUGGCCGCGUGAGUGCAUUGGCGUGUGAACGUCUUCAAAAGUUUGUUAACAAACUUGCACAAAACCAGUGAUUUAUUGAUCGAAACGGACCCAAAGUUGUUUCAUUAGCUCUGUGAAGCUUACACCUUUGCUUUGUGGCGUGAAGUGACUUAUUUUGGGCAAAACUAUGGCGGAUCAAGAGAAGCAACUGCGAAGCCGAAGCAACAAGAAUGAGAGCGAAUGCUGUAGCGGCGGUGCUGCGGUAAUGAAAGAGCUGAAGGCGCUGAACGCGAGACUGGACCGCAUGCAGAUCGACUUGGAAAAUCAGGUCAAUUCUAGAAUUGAUAGCAUGGAAAAGCAAGUUAACUCCAGAGUGGAUAAAUUGUGUGGUUCGAUGGAGAAACUGAUGGCUGAGAAUAAGGACGCUGUGCUGAAAGAGAUUGAAAAAGCCACAAAAGACAUGCGGGCAAAUCUGGACACUGAGGUGGGAAUUCUGUGUGCAAGAAUGGAAAGAAUGGAGAAGAAAAUAUUCGACACAGAGGCUAGGAAGAAGAGUUUUGAUCCAGAGACCUCCGUGAUUGUGGUGGGGCUCCCCGAGUCUGAAGGAGAGGAUUUAAUGUCAAAAGUGAGGGAUUUAUUGCAUGACGGCCUUGGAUGUGAUAUUGUGGUCUGCCCCGUUGCUGUGGAGCGGAUGAGUGCACGAGGAAACCGACCGGGCCUUGUAAAGGUGGAGUUGAGCUCGGUGCAGGUAAAAAUUGCCGUGUUGCGCCGAAAAUCAAAGCUGAAAGACAACGAGCGUUUCAAUAAAGUCUAUAUGUCAUCUGCGAAAUCCCAUGCUGAACGACUGUUGGAACUCAACUUUAGAUCUUUGAUCCGUGAAACCGCAGUCGGGAAGGACUUCUAUCUAACGGGGAAUGGACGUUUGUUGAAGCGGACGCAGUCAUCCCGGAGUGUGGCUAGAGAAGCUGGCCUUGGCGGUGACUGAGAGUGGCUCGCCCAGCCCGACAGGUGUGUGACUGAACAGUUUUUGUUAGCCCACUGGAAUGUUAAUGGAUGGACGCUAUCAAACUCUGAACUUAGAAUACUACUACUGAAAUCCUUACGCCCCGAUUUCAUUUCUUUAAACGAAACUCAUUUAAGCAGUGAUUCACAUUCACUAGACGUCGAUGAAUUUACCUGGUUUGGACAUAAUCGUAUUGCUCACAAAAGAGCUGUUAAAUCCUCCGGUGGAGUUGGGUUCCUGGUUAAAAAUGCAGUCUUGGAUCGAUAUUCAGUUAGUACUGUUGAUAAAACAUUUGAUGGGAUUUUUUGUUUACGAUUUGAGCACCGGGAGUCACAGUAUUCUUUUGUUUUGAUUUCAUGUUACCUGUCUCCAGAAUCAUCUAAUUGGGGCCGUAAUGCUGAUCUUUAUUUCAGCCAUUUACUGGCGGUGCUAUAUACUAUUACAGAUAAGGUGGAUUUAAUCUAUAUCUGUGGUGAUUUGAAUUGUCGGAUUGGGGAGCUUAAGGACUAUGCAGAAGGAAAUGAUAUUUUGCCUCGUAUGAGUCUGGACACAGGUGUAAAUAAACAUGGUCAUAGCUUUAUUGAAUUCUUAAAGGACUCUAAUUGUUGUAUACUUAACGGCAGGUUAAAUCCUGAAAAUAACAACUUCACGUCAAUUUCUGUAAGGGGCAAAGCUGUUGUAGAUUAUAUAGUGACGCCUCAUGCUGAUAUGAAAACAUGUAUUGAAUUUAAUGUUUACACCCCCUCUGAUCUCAUUGAUAAAGUCGGUCCAGAAAGUUUAAAUUUGAUUGGUGACCAUAGUAGACUCCCGGAUCACUCGGUUCUUUGUCUUCGUUUUCAAGUGGGAGAGGUAUUUAAUUACCAGAAUAAUGCAGAUCGUUUACAGUAUGUAAAAAGGAGAAGCAAUAAUUAUCCUGAUAAUUUCCUCUCCUCGGAAAUAUGUCGCAGGGCUAUACUAGAGGUAGUAGACCAACUACAGAUAGCACAGGAAAAUCAAGAAAGGGUGGAUCAGUGUUACACCAAUCUCUGUAACUUUUUACAUGCUGAAAUGGAGAAAUACUGUCCUGUACAAAAAAUGGGUUCUACAAAGAAAUAUUACAGAGCUAAACAACCAUAUUGGAAUAACGAAUUAAACGAGGAGUGGUUAAAGUUACGUUCUGCAGAGAGAACAUUCCUUAAAUGUAGUAACAGGGAUCCCGGGAAGAGGAGGGUCCUGCAUAGUGAAUUCAAGCAAUGCCAAGUUAAUUUUGACAGAAAACUCAGGUUUGUUAAGAGGAAGUUUAGAAGAGGUCAAGCUCUUAAGUUCGAACAGCUACAAACCGGUAACCCACAGCAAUUUUGGAGAGAAAUGAUAAGUUAGGUCCAAAAAAGAAAUCAUUAAUACCCUGGGAGGUUUUAUUGGAAAAUAGUGAAUCUUCUUUCGAGUCGGAGCAAAUAUUGAAAAAAUGGGAAAAAGACUUCAGUAACUUGUUCAAUCAUAGUAGCUCCUCUUCAUUUGAUGAUGAUUUUUUAGGGGAAAUCUGUAAAAUAAAGUUUGAGUUGGAAAGUGGGAUGAAUACUAUUUAUCAUCAAAAUGAUAUGCUGAACAGUGAAAUCACAGUAGAUGAGGUACUUAAAUCGCUUAAUAAAGCUAAAGAAAAUAAAGCCAUUGGCAUUGAAGAGCUCCCUAACGAGGUCCUUAAAAGUCCUAACUUAUCUAAUGUACUACAUUGCCUGUGUUACAUAUGUUUUCACAAUGGUAUUAUCACAUCAAUAUGGAAUAGAUCAAUUAUCAAACCCAUCCCAAAAUCUAAGAAAGAUGACCCUAGAGUCCCUUUAAAUUAUAGAGGCAUUAGUUUGAUUAGUACAGUCUACAAAAUAUACUCAGGAGUUCUUAAUAACAGACUGAAUGUUUUUCUGGAGUCUCAUGGAGGGUUGGUAGAUGAACAGAAUGGCUUCAGGAAAAAUAGAGCCUGCAUUGAUCAUAUUUAUGUAUUAUCUUCUGUGGUGAGAGCUCGUUUGAAGGAGGGUAAAAGUACUUUUGCCUGCUUUGUUGAUUUCAAAAAGGCAUUUGAUUGUGUUAACCGAGAUCUCCUAUUGUUUAAACUACUUUCUUCAGGAAUUAAUGGAAAAUUUUAUCAUGCUAUAAAAGCUCUCUAUAGAGACCCUAUUGCUUGUGUACAAAUAAAUAAUCUAAGAACAGACUGGUUCCCAACACCUUUUGGGGUGAAGCAGGGAGACUUACUCUCCCCGUCUCUAUUCGCUCUUUAUAUAAAUGACCUAGUUCAAGACAUUAAGCGGGUUAAUGCUGGUGUUCCUAUAGAGGAUAUUAAUUUAAGUAUUCUGCUCUAUGCAGAUGACAUUGUUUUGAUUGCAGAAAAUGAAAAUAAUCUGCAAAUUAUGCUUAAUAUUAUGAGUUCUUGGUGCAAUAAAUGGCGCCUUGCUAUUAAUAGUGAAAAAACACAAGUAGUUCAUUUUAGGAAGAAAAGUUUAUUGCAGAGUAAUUUUAAAUUUCAGUUUGGCUCGGCAUCUUUAGAGUAUACUUGCCAUUAUAAAUAUCUUGGUUUUGUUUUUGAUGAAAAUAUGAAGUUUUCGGAGGGAAGGAAAAUACUGGCAGAGUCCGCAGGAAGAGCGUUAGGCUCAGUGUUAAGUAAAAUGAAAUCUUGUACGGACCUUGGUUUUUCUACAUUUACACAGCUUUAUAAAUCUUUGGUUGACCCGGUUUUGUUAUAUGCUGCAGGGAUUUGGGGUUUUGAGGAGGUCGCUGAUUGUAAUUCUGUUCAGAAUCGUGCUUUGAGAUGUUUUCUUGGUGUCCAUAAAUAUGCAGCAAAGGCAGCAAUUGAAGGGGAUGUAGGAUGGGACCCUUGUAUUGUAAAUCAACAUUGUGAAAUGGUGCGACUGUGGAAUCGUCUGGUCAGUCUGCCAGAGGAAAGGCUAACUAGAAAAAUUUUUAACUGGGACAGAGCAAAUCAUCACCCCUGGUCUAGUGAGAUUUCAAUGAUCCUGUUUGCCUCUGACAUGCACGUAAUGUUUAGAAAUAAUCUGCAAUGUAAUAUAAAUUCUGUUAAACAAAAUAUGUUUGAGAAGCACGAAGACCAAUGGAAACAGGAUAUAUGGAAGAAACCAAAGCUCAGAAAUUAUGUUCAGUUCAAGAAGAAUUAUUUUACAGAACCUUAUAUUUUCCUUAAUUUAAAGAGAAGACAGAGAUCUCUCUGUGCUCAGUUGAGAACAGGUACCUUACCUCUGGCAGUAGAAGUGGGACGAUUUAAAGGCUUACCGGAAGAAGCACGUUUGUGUGAAUUCUGUGAUUUACAGGUGGUUGAGGAUGAAUUUCAUUUUCUUUUCAAUUGUCCCCUAUAUGUUGACUUAAGGACUGUCAUUUUUGAAUCAAUUCAGUUUAAAAAUCCUGAUUUAUUUUGGAAGAGUGAAGGUGAGAUUUUGGGUUGGUUGUUUGAAAAAGAUGUUUUUGUUUUGGCAAAAUUUGUUAAAAAGGCUUGGCAUAUGCGGCAAAGUAUUUUGUACCCUGUAGGAUGAACUUUUUUUUGUUUCUCUUUCAUUAUCCUCACUGUUUGUGUUAUAAUUCUUAAUGGAUUUUUGAUGUUAUUGUUGUUGUAUAUUAUGUUGCGUGGCUGUCUUGGAUACAUUGUGUUUUGAGUUUGUUGAACAGUGUCUAAUAAGCCCAUGGGGCUGGGCACCAAUUUUGGUGUAUGACACUUAAAUAAAAUUAUCAAAUCAAAAAUCAAAACCACAGCUACCCUAGAUCACUUGGUAUGGGUAACACUUGAACAAAAAUUGGGACGUUUCAUGUGAAUAGGCUUUUUUUUACAUUUCUUCUCCCUGUAUUUUCAUUCAUUUAUUUAUUUAUUUUCGAUUUUCAUCAGUCAUCUUGCUGGAAUGGACUGUCAUAAGGUCCAAGGCUAUGGCAAAUAUUUCACUGUAGCAAAAACUUUGACUUGUUCACUCACUGAAUGGGAAAAUAAUUUGUUGAAGAGCAGUGAUCACAGUAAGCAGAGGGAUAGUUUAGACUAUUUUUUGUGGUUUGAGAUACAAAAAAGGAAAUGAUUUUUAUCUUCAUAGCUUUUUUCGGUGUCAAUGGAAACUUGUGAAAACACAAUCUGAAAUAUUUUUGAGGUAUGCAUCAUUUAAAUGUCAUUUAUGGCUUUAGCUAUGGCACUUUGGGCAUGGGCUACAUUGACAUCUCUUAAAUACAUUCCCAGAGCUGCCAAGCAUCACGCCCCGAAUGUGACAGUCACGCAAUUUGACUCAGGCCACUUUUAGAUGGAAACGGUCUCCAUAGAAAGCGGAAAAGGGCCGUUUCGUUUUCAGUUUUUAUGCUGUGUUUACACAAAAACGCAAUGUGGUUGAAAACGCUGUAAUGUGCAUGCCAGGUCGCUAGGUGGCGCGUGUCGGUGUGACCACGCUCCCAUAUAGAUAUACGUAGAGCAACUUCCAUUCUACAUUAAUUAUUUAGUGUAAAUAAUUCAGACGCCUCCUCUGCUGAGCAGUAUGAUCCGUGAGGAAUCUGUACAGGUCAAAAUUGAGCUCUUGCCCAUUCAAUAAUAACGACAGCGCGACUCGAAUGUCUAGCUUGGCUGUUGUUAUUUUCAAGGAAGCUGUGCAUGGCUAUGAUGUCAUAAACGUGAGCCAUUGCAUCACAGGUUUACCGUUUUCAGUGUUUUUGUACUUUAGAUGAAAGCGGGACUAGCAGAGCGUUUACAACAUUUCCACUCUGGAGGGGGUUUUCACUUUGUUACGUUUUCAUCUCCUGAAAACGCAGUUGCCGUCUAAACAGACCCCCCUAAACGAAACUAAAUUUUUCCGUUUUCUAUGGCGACCGUUUCCGUCUAAAAGUGGCCUCAGUCUCACACCACACUCCACACUUGACAUUUCUCACGCUAAUAUUUUCCCGUUCAACACUCUGUAAUUAUAUUUUUCAUGAUAAGAAACUUGGCCUGUCGUAGCUUUGCUAACUUUGAUUAACUGACUGAGAUAACCAAUCCAUCAGUCCUUUGUGCCUAAAUCUAAUCUUCACCAUGCAAUAUAAACCAAUCAGAAGCAACGUAAGGCGCACAACAGCGCCGACAUUUAAAACCCACUUUCUAAUUUCUGGUUAUUUGACACUAGCAUUAGGAGGCCACAGUGCAGGGAAAGCAGCUGGCAUGGGGGUGAGGACAUCAGUCUUAAGGUAUAAACUGACGUUAAAAAAGGUUAAAAAAAAAAAUUUCAAACACAUCAUAACGCUAAAGUCUAACUCUUGUCAUUUUCUGUAACUUGGCAGCCCUUCAUUCCAGUGAAUCCACCUAUCAACUUUUCAGUGGCAAAAAGAGAAAAAAACAUGUAGCAGGAACUACCUGACAGGAAACAAAUAAACAAUGUAAUUUUUUGACGACUGCUUUUCUGAUAGGGAUAAUUAAAUUGUUUGCUAAUCUUGUUAAAAGUAAAGUGUAUUUUACCCUCAGGGGGUGGCAGUCAGCUCAGACCCUGUUUUCAGAAACUGGCUGAUAAACCAAUACAGAGGCUGGCUGGACUAUUAACUUCUGUAAUGGGGUCGUUUUUCUCACAUUACUUAGCUAAUUAUGGGACAAUUCAACUCCGACACCAAUGUCAGUGUAAGUGUAUGCUAUAUUUAGAAUAAAUUUAACAUUUAAAUUCUCUGUAAAAACCUGUUUUAGUGUUUUGUUUAUCUCUAUGCUUCUUCAUCAAUGUGUGUGUACAUUGUGUAAAAGGUCUGUGCACAUUUCUCUGCACAGCUCCAGUAGGUAUUUUUAAAUGUCUUUCCCUUGGGGUAUAUAAUGACUCGCACCCAACUGGAUUAAAAAGUAUGCGUAUUAUAAUCAAUAUAAUCAACCACAUCAGCUCUCUGACCCCAUGAGCCCCUGCCAGAGUGUGCAUCCAUGUGCAUCCUGCGAAUGUGUAAGCAGUGCCAGGUAAGCACUCGCAGUGCCAUUUGAAACAACAACACAUGUCAUACUCAGCAGAAGGAGAAGACACCCCUCGGGCCAAUUAGUAACAAGAUGCAUCAUCUCUCCAAUUUUCAUCAACACUGAACCCGUGGUGCAGCAGUUAGGGCCAUUCAGAAUGUGAAAUUCUGACCUUUUAAUUACAGCAUUCCCAUUGGGCCAAUCAGGGUUUCUUUGUUAAAUGCCAGAACACACAGAUCCAAAGUGCGUCAUUAUUCUAAAUGGGACAGAGAGGGAGCAUUACAACCUGAGCUGUCAUGUUUGAGAUUUAACAAAGUAUAAUAGAAAGCUAGUUUGUAGCCUCAAGCGGUUGACCAAAAAUAUUUUUGUUUUCAUCUUGACAUUAUUUUUCUUUUGGUUCGUUAAGCACCAUAAUUUCAUUAAAAGGCAAAAAAUAAAAAAAUCUGUUCGAAUAACUGUCAGGAUGAGAGAAAUUAAUGCAGCAGCUGAGCAAAGGGGAUCCUCUUAUUUGGUUUUGUCUCGCAGGAUUAUGGUCUCCUAAAUUCCUGAACAAUCUAAAAAUGAUGUGUUUACUGCUUCUUAUUGAAUAAAGCACAUUUGGUGCUGUAAUGGUGCUUAAAUUGUCAUUUUUGUGUCCUUGUGCAGGUGUGGGACUUUAAAGGUCGAUGCCUCCACAGAAUGAAUGCGGGCCUGGGACGGGCUGUUAGGAUCUCUCAGAUUCUGCUGCUUCAAAGAAGUAUAUUGGUGAUGGGCUGGGAAAGGUACAGAAGAUUUCAUGUUAUCUUAAACGAGAUAGUUUUAUUUUUUGCUGCUUACAACACCUGUUGUUGCUUUUUCAAAUUUGAUUAAGAAAAAAAGCCAAAUGAUUGUUCCUUAAAGGGAUAUUCCGGCAUAAAACUAAGUUAGGGUCAAACAAACACCAACACUGAGUUAGACACCCCCUUGAGAUGAAUGUUGCCGACUGCUUGCUUCUCUAGUUAUACUAACGACUGCACGAUAGCAAUACACAGCAGUUUGAGGAGCCAUAAACAAACCUCAACCAAAACGCCACUCUAUAGCCACAAAUAAUGCUCAGAACAGCACAUAACUUCAUCAACAGUACAUAUAGGGUCCCAGCCAUAACACUAGCCACCAAACAUCUUUUUAACUUUGCCUGGUUUCUUUAGCAAAGAGACUAAACACAACUCGCCUACUCUCCUCUAGCAGCCACUUGUCUGUAGUGAGACCUCGACCAGUCCACUGCAGCAAGGUGACACAGCUGAAGGAAGAACAUUUAUGAUCAUUUCUUCAUGGAAAUGCAAUCAGACCAAUCAGUGCAAAAUGAUUAAUGUGGUGAUUAUUACUUCAAGGAAAUGAUAAAGUAAAGAUCAUAAAUGUUCUUCCUUGAGUUGCGUCACCCCCGUCUUGCUACAGACAAGCGACUGCUGGAAGAGAGUAGGUGAGUUGUGUUUAGUCUCUUUGCUAAAGAAAUUAGGUAGAGUUAAAAAGAUGUUUGGUGGCUAGUGCUAUGGCUAGGACCCUAUAUGUACUGUUGAUGAAGUUAGGUGCUGUUCUGAGCAUUAUUUGUACUAAGGAGUGGCGUUUUUUUUGAGGUUUGUUUAUGGCUGCUCAGACCGCUGUGUAUUGCUAUCAUGUGGUUGUUACUGAAGUUGAUAUAACCAGAGAAGCAAGCGGUCGGCAACAUUCAUCUCUCGAGGGGCUGUCUAACUUGGUGUUACGGUGUGUUUGACCCUUAAUUAGUUUUACGCUGUAAUAUCCCUUUCAGUGAGCUACGUUAUACCUAUCUGGGAAUGCUGUUAUAAGAUAUGGAGGCCAAAAUCCAGUCUUGUUAAAAAACUUAAAUUUAACACUGUAAUAUCCCUUUAAAACUAAAGACCUACACGACCAUCAGGCGUUGUAACUCAGGUCUAUCCUUAAAAGUUGGUGUAUUUUGCACAUUGUGUAUGAAAACUGCACCUGUUUAAGAGUCAGAGUGAGUAUGUGAGAAAAACUGAGCUUGAGGGUUUGAUUGUGAGAGUGUGUGUGUGUGUGUGUGUGUGUGUGUGUGUGUGCGCGCGCGCGCGCUCUAUCUGCCCUCUCAUGCUCCUUCUGCCAGCCAACAAUUCAGGGCCAACCAGACAUCUGGACUCUAACGAGUAUCACGAGCGCGUGUGUGGGCAUAUAUGUGCAUGUGUGUAUGUGCGUGCGUGCGUGAUCCUUUGUAUUUCCACAUCACAUCUGCUCUUCAUCUUCAUCAUCAUCAUUUCACACCCAGUGAGCUGAACUCAGCAGUGUGCAUCAUCAACUUAUAUGAGUCUCUCUCUCUCUCUCUCUCUCUUUAUCGCUGCCUGUCUGUCUCCCUCUUUCUCACACACACAGGUUAUUUCACUUUUUCUUGCUCUCUGGGGUGCCACAGUGGUGAAGAGAACAUAGACAACAGAUCAGGAGCGGUAAAAGAAAAUACCGCCAUUAUUGCUUCCGUUGCUCACAUUAUUUGCCGUUUCUUCACAUCCACCUAGACCACAGCUUCAUCUAUAUUUUGCUCUCACAAGGGAUCCAACUCUAAGUCCUUUCGCCACUGCGGCUCAUAAAGACUCACGCAGUUACCGAUAUCAACAUCCCACUGAAAGACUAUUCCUCAGCUUGAAACCACAGUGCGUCAUGUACCCAUUUCAUGUACAAUACCUGUGCAACAAUGAAAGCAAGGAAAUAGAAGUCACUGCAGGUGGGAUUAAAACCCCUGGGAGACGACGAAUAUACAUGAUGUCUGUUGUGGCCCUUCCAUGUGAAAGAUAAGGGUCUAUGUCAUUAAACACAGUAUAAAAAUUCAGCCUGUCGUCGUGUCAAUGUUUAUAACUAACACCAUUUUUCCAGAUUUAAACUGCAGCAACUUUUUUAACCUUACUCAUUAUACCACUACUACUAAUAUUUAUAGCACUGCAACAACUUCUGAGGACUGCACCUUAUCUUAAUUAUUUUAAAAGCAAACUCAAAAAAACCCUUUUUAGUCUUGCUUUUAACUAAAUUUUAUAUCAUUAACUUUGUUGAAGUGUUUUAGCAUCCAUCGCUUCUGGUUUUAAUGACAGGAUCAUCUUUUAUUGAGCUAUUUUGGUGCUCUUAUUUUUUCCUCAGGUCCUGCCUACCCCACCUUAGGGGCUGCAACUUCCAACUAUCAAUCAAUAAAUAAUAUAAUAAUGACGCAUGUACGAAAAUAAUCUUAUUUAGCCAUCAGCUUUAAGCUAGAGUUACUUUUUAAAGCUCAACACAUGCCGUUACAAACCUUAAUUCGAGUCAUAUUCUGUUGGCUUGAAACUCGAAACGAUCGCUGAUUCAAUUCCUGAUGCCAUAAUGCCACCACAAUGUUACUAUAAUCUUUUCAAUUCUGGUAAAACCACUCCUAUAACAAUAAUCGUGAUGCUUCUACUACCACUACUUCAACAAUGUGCAAGUGCUAACCUAACAACUUUGAUUAUUUCAACUGUUUUUUCUACAGCAGUUAUUUUUAUGGCUGCAACAAUUCAGGUGUGUGCUUACAAUGCAAUUGUUAGUUUGGACAUCACACUAACUGUGACUCCUAUUGUCAUUACCACUACUGCAACACAAUCACAACUGCUUCUUAUAACUGUGGAUGUGGCAGAAUUUGUAUGAUUUAAGGCAGAUGGUCCCUGGAGUUUGUAUGUAACAAACCUUUACACUCCCAUCCUUCCUCACCACAUUUUCUGUGUCUGUGUUUUCUCUCUGUCUCUGCAGGAUGUUAACAGUCUUCCGUCUGCAUUCCUUCUCGCAGUCUUUUGUUGAACCGUCAGAGUGGAAAGGCGGUGUUCAGCAUCGCAGUAGUGUUAUCUGUGCUGCAUUCCAGCCUCCUCACACUCUGGUCACAGGUGAGUGUGGUGUGUGAUAUGUGUGUUUGUAAUAUGUGUGUGACAUGAACAAGAGGCUGGUUUUUGGGAGAAAAAUGAAGAGGAGGCAGUAGGUAAUAAUAAUUAUAACUUUAUUUAUAUAGCACUCUUAAAAUCAAAGAGUUUACAUGCAGGAAAACAAAGAAGAUAAAAACAACAGAUCAACAACAAGAGAACACUUGGGGGGGGGAAAGAGCCUUGACAAGACUAAAAUUCUGAAUACAUGUCCUAAUGUGACAUUAUUGGCAAUAAAUAAAUAAAAUACAAUAAUAAUCAGUUAAAAACAUAAAAGCUUUGAUGAGUGUCACAUGAGUUGAGACGUCAUUAAAACCAAGACAUUAAAAAAAAGACAUAAGAACUUGUGAUACCCGGCCGACACAGGAACCCAACCCCAAAAACCUGAGACCAAAGGGAACUAUUAUAAAACAUGAAUAAGAAGAGUAAAAGGUUUUAAAGAAGACAAAAUCACAUAAAAGCAAGUCUAUAAAAAUGAGUUUUCAGACAUUAUUUAAAGCAGUGACUGUUUCUGCACCAUAUUCAGUAAUACAGUUUAUCAAAUGAAAAAAAAAACUCUUCUUACAGAUGUUAAACCAUUCAUAGUGGUGCAUAUGCUGUUUUUAUUCCUCUGUAUUUUUACAUGGAUAACACUUUUCACUCUUAAAUUAAGAAUGGGAGAAAACGGAGAGAGAAAAAAAGAAAAAGGCUAGAAACUUCAAAACAUCUGGAAGCAGGAACCUGCUCAUUAAAAUAAGUGUUGCUGUUAUAAAUAGACUCAAGCUCCUUGGAUCUUUCUCUGCUGGAUCUGGAUACGUUUUUUUUAUUUUUAUUUUUUAACAUUUGUCUGUUUAUAUAAUAGUAUCAAUUCAUCAUAAAUAGAGAGUAGAUUGACAAUAAUCUAAGUAUAAAGAGGUAUAAGGGAAUUGAAAAGGAUCCAAUAGACACUUGUGGUGCAUUAUAGCAAGGUCUGUUGCUCAUGCUUGGGGUAAGUACAGUACCUAACAUGGUUUCAGCAACAUCCUGUUUCAUUCUUCAUGUAAAAAACAGCUUUCCUACUCCCCUUUCUGGGCUUUCACCAUAGGAUGAUACCUCUAGGUUUACGCCCAUUAAAUGGCAAUUUACAUGCUAAUUCAAUUCAUGGUAACACUUUACUUGAAGCCUAUCUCUAUAACGCAUUAUAAAUAUAUAUAUAAUUCAUCAUAAUCACGUUACAGCACUGUAUAACUGUAGUUAUAAACACUCAUGAUUAUCACUAUGAAGCAUUAUGAUCAUUUAUAACACAUUUUAAAGCAUUUUAUCAUGACUUACAAGGUCAGGUAUUACAAUGUGUUAUAACUGUAAAGAACUCACUGACAAUGCCCACAUGGAUAAUGCAGUGCAACUGUUGCUAACAGUGAUAACACAUUAAAAUACCUGACCUUGUAAGUCAUGAUAAAAUGUUUUAUAAUGUGUUAUGAUUUUUGCUUUAAAGCAUUAUGAUCAUUUAUGAGUGUUUAUAACUAUACUUAUACAGUGCUAUAACGUGAUUUUAACACAUUAUAAAUAUAUUUAUAAUACGUUAUAGAGAGAGGUGUCAAAUAAAGUGUUACCAAGCUGUUCAGAUGCAGUAAUACUCUCAGGAGGAGGAGGUGAGUUCUCUCCCCAAUCGCUGUACUUUAGAUUUCACACCUUGUGAAUUUGUGUGAACUUCUGAACCCCUCUCGAACACGUAUGCCUUAUUUUGACGUUUUUAUUGUUUUAUAAUCUUGUUGAAUUAAACCUGUAGCACUUGAUCCCGCUGAAUGAAAAAUAACCAAAGAAGCAAUAAACUAGUCUGUCAUAUAAAAGCAAACUCAAACGAUGCAGUAUGACCUGGUUGGUUCAGGUUCAUAGUUUGUGAAGACGGCAUACUUUAAAAACCAGCAGGACGCCUCAGUACUCAUCACAUUCUUGGAUUUUUCUGCCUAGGGGAUUGAAUGAGCAAUCUUCCAGACACUGGUCCACUUCGUUAACCAUCAAACUACAAACACUGUGCACCCAAUCUUCCCCAUGCAGCAUGAGCCUCACUUGGAGAAGUUCUGUUUUGUUCAUGUAUUGAAAGUCCAGCUGCAGUUUUUCCAGUUAGUGCGGGCAGAGUGCAGGCACAAACUCACCCUCUCUUGCCUUCUGAGGUAUCGAGUCUACAGAUAAGUAUAGAGAGCGAUAAAGUGAGGGAUUGAGGUGGAAAGGUAGACAAGUGUGGGUGUUCUUGAAGCUGCGGUUUGGAAGAAAAUGAAUAGCUGGACCUGGAACAAAAGCACGAUUCAGGAGCUACUCUGUGAACUUGGAAACUUCUUCAAAGUUUGGCUCCUCAAUUUCUUUGUCAGUGUGUUCUUCUCCUCUCUGCCUGCUUCCUUUUUCUUUUUUUUUUCCAGACUCUAACUGACACUCCCUGUUUACUUCUGUUUUUUCCCCCCUCAUUCUCCAAGUAAGCCUGCUGCAUUUCUUCCUCUGCAAUACAGGCACACACACACAUACACACACAGAGAGAGCACCACGCUGCUCCCUCCACCUCCAAUUUAAUCCUAAUGCCCAAUUUAAAUUAUGUUUAUUAGACCUCUCUCAGUGGGAGUCAGAGGAAAUGAGACGUAGGGCUUUCUGUCUUUUAACUGUGUGUGUGGGUGUCUCUCUCUCUCUCUGCCUGUGAGUGUGUGUAAUAAGACUGCAGUGGUGGUGGUGGGGGGGGUUUAUUCAAAAAGAGGGAAGAAAAUAAUGUAUAAUGCUGUGUUUAUGUGCGUGUCUUUAAACGUGGCAGAAUGAUUGUAUUUUUAGGCCAAACUCUCUCACUGAAUCCCUUUUAUUGAUGAUGCAAGAAACUGACAAAAUAAGAGCUCUGACUGAAUCUUCUCCAGCUUGCCAAGUGUUUUUUUUCCCCUUCCCCAUAUGUCACUCAACAUGAUCAUUUACAAUACUGAUGCCAGAUGCCAGUGAUUUACAUUCGAUAGUGCGUUUUGUGGUGAGCGUAAAUGUGUCACUCUGCCAAAUGGUUUCCUAAGGAAGAAUGUUCUCUUCUUUUGGAUACUAGCUGUGACCUCUCCAAUUCUCAAUGUGGUUUUAUUUCAUAAAGGCACAGGUAUAUGCAAAAAUGACUCCAUAAAAUGAUGUUAUUCAUUCAUAAAUUCCUCCUACGCUUUAAUAUCCUGUGCUUGUUCCUUCUGUCUUCCCUUCGGGCAAAAGUGAAAAACAGAUGAAUCACAUUUCUGCGCUUGCACACUUCUCUCACAUACUGAUGCAAAAGGUAGAUUUAAACUAUUAACUUGUUAUUUUGGGGAAUAUUUUAACUUAUUAUUUCCUCCUCAAAUCCGCUGAGCACAAACGUGGCGUCUGAAAGCAGUGACACAUUCGAUUCAGUCGCCAGUAAAUUUCUUCAUGGUCCCACUGAGUAAUGCUUAUUCACAUCAAAGCAAGCAUGUUGCCAAGUUAUAUUCAAGUGCUGCCAAGAGAGAGCUGCGGUGGCAUCACGGCCACCAGUGACAAAAGUCAAUUUAAAAGUUCAGUUGGAUGCAGACAUGCCCAGAACUAUUAGUGUGUGUGUUUUUGUUUGUGUGUGCUUGCACCUGUUAGUUUGUGUCUCAAGUCAAAUCAAGUUGAAGCAGGAACAUUUGGCUGAUGUGACUGUGAAGCCUCCUCAUCCAUAUUCAGAAUGUUUCCUCGGGUUCUGCUUCGCUUCUCGCGCACAGACGCUGUCAAACUCGCAAACGCGCGCACACAUACGCAGCAGGGUACAUGUACACAGGGGGGCCUGUGUACCUCCCUCUUGCCUUGGAUCCCUUAAUCCUCCACGGCUGAACACCUUCCAAGUGAGAAAGGACCAACUCAUCUGAACUUUGAUGGAUGGCCAAAACGUCUUAGAAAUGCAAAUGCAAGCGCGGAAAUCAGAAUAUGAAGCAAAGCUAUGACAUUUUUUUUCUCCAAGCUGAAGAUGCUGUGAUUUGUACGGGCUGUAAAUUUCAGAUUCUUUGUCAACAAGUAUGUUAGUUGAAAAAAGGAAAACUUUAGGGCCCCGCCGGUAUAGAUUGGUGUUUAAAUUGCACUCCCCAUGUACAGAAAUACAUCCCUGGUUUAGUGGACUGUGAUAUCGAUCACACAUUUCAGUCAAUGAUUUAUGAAGAUCAUUAGAGCAUUAGAGAGCAUUAGUGCUUUACCAUUAAGACACACCAACUGUAACAUUGGCCAGUACAGUGUGCUGUUCGGUAUGUUAUACAUAUUUUGAUCCCAUGUUAGUGAUUUUUAUUAAAUAAGUCUUAGACUCAAAUCGUAUUCUUGCAGAAAAAUACUGUAAUAAUUUCAGAAGAUUUGAUACAAUGUCUCAUCUUGAUAAAACCUGUAAUUUACACCAGAAAUGUGUUUGUUUUUGUGGCUCCAAAGGCACUUUAUAAAGUCCUAGCAUGAUGUCACUUGAGUCACUGAUGAAUCAAUCAAUCAAUCAAUCAAUCAAUCAAUCAAUCAAUCAACUUUAUUUCUAUAGCACAUUUAAAAGAACCACAAGGGUAGCCAAAGUGCUGUACAAUGACACAUAAAAACAAAUAAAACAAUCAAAGAACAAGAUAAAGCGAGCAGAAAUACAUUAAUGCAAAAGAAUAAAGCGUAUAAAUAAGGAGGCUUACAGCAAGUGCUAAGAUGAUAAAAAACAAAUUAACACUACAAUGUACUAAAAGCCAAUGAGUAAAAGUGCUUGAACGAAUGUGGCUAUAAGUAAAAGAAAAGGACUUCCCCUGAUUUUACAUUGUGUAACAUGGUGCACCUGAACUUUGACGACAACAGUUGGUAGGUGGUAGUUUUCAGGUCAUAUUGUGCUUAGAGCAGCUGUGGCUCAGUGGUAAGUAAGAUGUCUCUUAAAGGUUGGGUUGGUAAUCACGGCAAACUAGCAUGAAUUUGAAUGUAGCAUCUCCACAGGACUUCGUCUAGCCUGGAUCCAUGUGUAACAUUGAGCAUAAAUGAGCCUUCAGUGUGGAAGAGAAAAAAGGUUAAUAAAAGAGAUUUUGAUCCAGCUUUGUUCAAAAUCUCAGCAUUGUAUAUAGAAAACAUAUACCUCCACUUUUACCCAACUGUGUCUCCCUUCUCUUACACUCACACACAUGCAGCAUGAUAAAAGUUGCCUGAAUCACAAAAGCUGGCCCUGGGCUGCAUGAAUAAUGCAAGUAACCUGCACUCCCAUAAACUUUAUACCUCCUAUUGCUCAGACAUACACGCCCCCCAUGGCAAACACACUCCUCACAUUUCUCAUUAACUCCUGCCGUUCAGCUGUCCCACCACCUGAUGAGAUUUUUGCCUUAUAGGAUAAAAAAUCCGACUCACACAAACAUGCACAUUCACAGUCAUAUAUAUAAUGAAGAUCAUUGGGAAAGCACUUUCACUCGAGGUCAGUGUUGAGGUUUAAGUGCGGAACAGAUGGCAGCUGGGGACAGAUGUUGACUUUAAUCACUUUUAGAGUGGUUUUAGUGGCUGCCUUGCAUGAUUCAGCAGUACAAGGAAAGUAAAUUGGCUUUUUUGACAGAAAGUACGAGUUUGUUCUUUAAAUAUGACAUUUGCUUUCUGUUCGUCAGGACUUCGUUUAUAUGAAGUCCUGUUUGUUUUAUGGUGUUCUUGUCAAAAAGCAAUGUAUAGUUUUGCAAAUUCAUAAGUGCUUACACUUCUGAUAUGUGCAGGAAGUUAUGAUGGAGAAGUCAUAAUGUGGAACAGCAGCACUGAAAUGGUCUUGGGGAAACUACAUCCACACAAGGAAGGCAAGACGUAGUUAAAGCUCUCUAUUUCACACAUAAAUAUGGAGAAGAAGAGAAAAUUUUAAUGUACAGUACUUCAUUGAUGAGACUUUGAAUAAUAUGUUCCUGUCUGAACUUGUUUCAUUCAGUUUUCCUAUGUCUUUGAUACUGAUACUUUCUCAUCACACAGAUUCUCAUCUUAGUGCGAGAAGCAAAGAAGACCCUGAUGACUCUAUUGCCGUCACUCAACUGAUCUUUAUACCAGGGCGCACGUCUGCAGCAGCUACAGGUGACAUUGAAACUAAGCUGCUUUAUAAUCUUAGCCAAACUUUGGUUGGAAAUAAUAUGUCAAAAUAACUUUUGUAAGUUAUAACACACAUAGUCAGGUUGAGAAAUUCUUGGCAGCAUCACCACAAUGUUUUAUUAUUAUAAAGCAAUAUUUUAAUGCAGAAUGAACUCUCUGACAUCAUCACACCGCAGAAAGUUAUUGCCCUUUUUUUUUUUCAAGCGAUAAAAACUCUCCCCCUCUGCCUGUUUACAUCCUGUAAUUCUUACAUGAGAGUGUGUGAUUUGAAUAGUUACAGCUGAUGCAAACAGAGUGCACUUGAGGUGGCCCGAAGAGUUGAAAGCCUUCUUGAAUAUUAAAUACUCUGCAAGUACAGCUCUGGUUUUAAUCUUGACAUACAAAGUUGAAAAUAGACAAAUGCACUCUUCUGCAUUUUUCUGUGUGUGUUUUGUUUCUUUGAAGCUUCGGGUAGAUUACUGUCCGGUAUACAUUUGUGAUUGUUUGAUGUCAUAAGUUAAGUUCGAGUUUUCAAUACUUAACUAUCUUUAUACUUUGAAACUUCUCUCUUUAAGGUGACCAGACGUCCUCUUUUUUUUUUUUUUUUAAUCCUUCAAAUGUCCAGGGUUUUGUAUGAAAGUUUUGAGUUUGUGUAGCGUGGACCAACUGAGUUAGAAGCGUGUAAAAAACACUCAAUCCAACCCUAAAAACCCUCAAAAUUUUGCACCCGACUCCGCCCCUCGUAGUAGUAUCCUCUUUUUGGGGAUUCAAAAUAUGGUCACCCUACUUUCUACCUUUUUGUCUAAAUUUUAACAACACUGUGAUUUUUUCCCCCCUUUUAUGCUAUGUAUUUAUUCCCCCUGUUAUACUGUGAUAUCUGCAAUUUACUGAAGUUGGCAUAACUAGAGAAGCAAGCAGUCGGCAACAUUCAACUCUCGAGGGGGUGUCUAACUUGGUGUUACUUAAUUUUAUGCCGGAAUAUCCCUUUAAUAAUGUUUUAAAUGGUGCUUUAAAUGCUACAUUUGUUGUUGCUGUGAUUAUUUGCUUCUCAUUUCCAGUAGGUGCUGCAGACUUGGUAUCUUGUGGAGGUUCAGGUCGGGUCAGAUUCUGGAGUACUUCCCACAGCCGUCUGGCGGGACAGUUCACAGCUCACAACAAAGAGCUAGGGUCUAUAAGAAUGACUAUUAGUCCCUGUGGAAAGUUUUUAGUCACCGCUGACUCAGAGGGGACACUCAAGACUUGGGACAUAGAGGUAGGUCGUUAUUGCACUAAUGUAAACGAUGAAACAUUAGUUGUAGCUGUGCCGAUUUACAGUGAAACCACAUGUCUCGAUGACAUUUGCUUUUUCUGUUGAAAGAACAAGACAAAGAGACAGAGGGAGGGACAGAGAUCAAGACACAGGCUGUCACAGAUAUUGAAGAGAGAAUGAACCUUGAUAUCUCCGUUAGAUGAAGCAUGAUGUUCACUCUGAAAAUGACAGCUCUGUCUGUCAUUCUGAAGCCCCGGUAGCUCGCUAGAGUACAACCAGACCAGCCCCUUAUUAAGAAAAAUCCUGGCUGGUACAAGCAGCAGGAGGUAGUGCUCCCAUUCUUUUUAAUUUUAUUUUAAAUUUAACAGGCUCCUCAAAUGAACGGAUCAAGCAUCAACUGCAAUUUGCAUCCUCGUUUAAGAGAAACGCACCCGGAAAAAUGCAUGCAAAAGCACUGUGACUGUGAUUCAAAGUGACAUGUUUUUGGCAGUUGGAGAGGAUGAAAAUGAUGAAAGACCCAAGUAGAAUUUUCUGCCAAAUUAGCUGAUUACAGAGUCACCUCACUCCUACAUACAAAACAUGUUUGCAAGCUAAAGAGUUUCUGGCUCCUUACAGAAGCCUUUUGACUUUCUGACUCUGAUCAUAAAGACUUAGAUCGCCACAUCAGUGUAAAGCGUAGCUGCAUCACUGUCAUGCUUAUAAUUGCAGUAAAAGAACACCCUCUUGGGUAUUAUUGCCACAGUAUUUACAGCUCAACUCUCUGUCACAGUUUAUAUGAGAGGAUGAAUUUAAAUAAAUGCAUCUCAUUUGGCUUCCAGUUUAAUUUAUGGAGAUUUAUGUAUAUAUGUAGCAGAGUUGAAGAAGUUAGACAAGCUCAGUGCUCGAGUGGAAAUCCUAACCUGCAGCGAGUUUUCAAACACACUUUGAAACCAGUUUGGAUGGCUAACAUGAUUGUGCAGUAAAUAUUGUUGUGCUCACAGACCCAGGAAUUUCCAGUCCACAGUUCAGCAUCAGGUCAGUCCCUAGCAUGACGCAGGAGUUUUUCAAUACUUUUUCAAUACACUGGUUUCUGUCUCUGAAGCCUAUUAUUGUGAUUUUCUUGUAGCCACAGACGUGCUUAGAAUCUUCACAAGCUCCUAGCUUAGCUGAAAAAGCCUCUGGCAAGGAGUUAUUGUCACGUUGAGGAACAAAAAAAGAGCAAGUGCAGAACUAAAAAAUGAUUUAUCAAAUAAAGGGCUAAAUAAGAAACAACAAAAACUUACUUCAAUAGAAAAUGUCCAACUGAGAAAAAGUCAGGAAAAGCAAAAUCAGAGGCAGAAACAAGAUGGCUUCAUCUAGGAAAGUUAUUUUAGCACUUUCCAUGUUGCCUUGCUUAUAUUCGGACAAGGCAAGCGCUAAAAUAACAUUCAUAGAUGUAGACAUCUUGUUUCCGCCUCCGAUUUUGCUUUCUUCCGACUUGGUAACUGAAACGCUGGUAACUCGGGUGUGACGUCAUUCCCAGCUUGGAUUUUUGACUUCCAAGGUAACUAGAACGCAGCAUUAGUAUCAGCUGAUACCCACGGCACAAGUAUCGGAAUCAGUAUCGGGAUAGAAAAUUUGGUAUCGGAACAUCUCUAGUUGAAUCCAAAGAAGCAAAAGGCUCAAGGGAAAAACUGUGAGGAGCUCAAACACACACAUUGACUUUGACUGACAGAGACAUACAGUGAACUAACAAAGAAAGAGGGAAAGAGGGGGACUGUAUACACUCUGGGAAAUGAGCAACAGGUGAGACAGACAAGAUACAGGUGAGACUCAUGGGUGUUUUACAGAGGAGGAAAAUCCGGGGAAGUUAAACCAGACUAGGACCCUGUUUAUACGUACCUGGUUAUUUUUAAAAAGGAAGACAUGAACCAUCAUUUGCACCCUUCAUUUAGAUGCAAACUGGGAAUCUGAUUGGUUUAACAUGGACUUGGGCUUCUCGCUACACUGCUACCCACAUGUUUCAUAUGCUCUUGACGACAUAUAUACACGGGUUAGUGUUAGCAAAAACUUUUCUUAAAACGUAGUGGUGUGCAUGCAGUUUUUUUUUUUGUGUUUUUUUUUUUGUAAACAGAGAGGGUUAAAUGUCCGUUUAUGAAAAUAGCCGGGCACGUGUAAACGUAGUCUGAAAACACAAGGAUUGACUUCUACAAAAUACAACAGGAAACUCUGAAAACUGAAGAAGUCAAACUUUAAAAAACAUGAACAGGAACAUAAUGAUUGACACAGGGGAAUAGGAACAUUAGGGAGCAGAAACACGAAGAAACAAAUACACAGAAAAUACAACUAAAUAACAAAACCAUGGAAAAACUAGAAGAAUCAACCAUGAAACAGUGAUAUAGACAUAAACUUAGAGCAACUCUGAGCAAUGAAUGGACAGAAACUGUUGCCCUAAAUUCCGACCCAGACUAGUGUUCUUCUCAAACCCAAUGACAACACUUAAGUUCUUUGUACUGCAUCAAUUUCUGUUGGACAAUGCCAUUGUUCAGGACUGGAAUGACCAUUAAGAAGAACAUUUCCCCACUGCGGUCCCAAGUUAGACUUAAACAUUGGCAGUUCGUCCUUGGAACAGUUGAAGUUUAUAUUACAACAAUCCCGGUUAAACUUUUGUUUAAGUUAAAGCCGUUAAAGUCUUUCCUGCAGGACAAAUAAAAAUACUAAUGAAAAAGCACAAAUCUGUUCCUGUUUCUCAGUGGGUGUGGUUUUCUGUGGACACUUUAUUUAUGGGGAGAGACAAUGUUGUUACUUUCAUUUGUUACCCAAAACUGUGAAUUGUGUCUAUAGCGUGAAAGGCUUAUAGUACAUUUUAGCCCAAACAGCUAAAUAAUCUAUUAUCUUCUCUUCUAUUCUUCAGAGUUAUUGUCGUGUACCAGAUGACACGACAACCAAAGAACCUCCAAAACUAUUGAGUAAUGUCCAGCUACACCAUGACCGCGUGACUCACCUUGAACUCUGUAUCCAUGGAGACAAACUCCUCCUUCUCUCAUCAUCAUCCUGCUGCAGUGUGGCUUUAAGCAACCUGCAAGGAGACGCUAUUGGUCUGUUUGGACAGGUACAUUGACACAUUAAAGUCUUUUAAGUAGACAUUACAAAAUACAACCUGCAGGUUUGAAAUGAUAAAAACUAUUGUUCAGGACCAUGCUGUUAGUAUAACCGCCUUCAGAUCACUGUGGUUCAAAUGUAAAGAAGUUCAGACAGGCUCUGAUAGAGCCGAACCUCCUGCUCUACAGUGUGUUGGUGGGUGGUAGUAUUCUGUUGGCAAAAUCAAUGUGAAACCCAGCAUCAAGCCACAGUUUGGGGUGCAUUUGUGUGUUUUUAUUUGUGUCAAAAUAGGUCCAUAUUAAGUUAGCCUGGGGUGUUGUUUAGUGAGAGCUGCCUCAUUUCAAAUUUGCCUGAGGCACACAGACACACAAGAAGAGCGACACUUAUACACAACCGCAAAGUUAAACAUGCAUGUGCACAUACACUAUAUGGAAUGUAGGAAAUGCCGUUAUUCUUUAAUGUCAUUGCAAGUUAUCAUGUGUUACAACACAGACACACAUCUGUGCCAAAGAAAAAGAGAGCUGUCUGUUUGAAUCUCACUUGUUAUCAUAAAUGAUUUAAGAGCAAUUAUGCCACAUUUCUAUUUCAUUAGAUACUGUUUGAUUCAUACAUUGUCUGUUGAAUGUUUGUUAGAGGUGAAUUAUGCAGAUAAAAGAUGACAUCUAUAUUCAGCGUAUUAGCAUAUCAAAGUAAACACUUAAUUAUGGAUAUAUUUUUGUGCAAAGAGAAAACACAGAGAUGGCUGCAGAUAUUCAGCUUCCCUCAUGCACAGUUUCAUGAUGAUACCUCAGACUGCUUGUUUUGUGUCCUUAUAACCCACAAGAUCCCUUUGAUCCAAAUCUUGCGGCUGAUCUGUAAUAUUACAUACUCACCCUGAUCCUAAACACUCUUGCUUUACUGCUCAUCUGUAGGAGGAGCCCUGGUGCUUGAACCCCGCUCAACCUUUGCGCCCACAGCAUGCACCAAAGAGAGACAGGAGAGACCCCAAAAAUGUAGGUGACACUGGACAGGGGGAAAAGAGGUCACUUCCAGCCUCCAGUGACACUCCCGUAGACCCAUCAUGUAGCACCUCUGCAGGGGGUGGAGAGGAGAUGUGGGAAAGGAUUGCAUGAUAGAAGCCAGUUUGUUCGGAGGAAAGCACGCACUGUGUUUUUCAAUUGCCUUUGGAAUUUGAAAUUUGCUUAUUUUGAGGAGGAUUUCUGAGAAAAAAUAACAAAAUCUAAUCUUUUGUUGUCAAAGUGUUUGGCAAAGUUUAUUGAAUAUUUCAAAAAGAGAACAAGGCUGUUGUCUGUCUCGUUAGAAAAACCGCUCUAACAUUUUAUUUGUAUGCCUCAGGAAUGUUUGACAGAACAGAAAAAGAUAAGGUUUAACUUCAUUUUUUAGGGGAGAAGCAUUUGUACAGUGUAAAAGCCGUUGUUCAUUUGACAUUAGAAGUUGGUUUGUAGCAACCAAAGUUCUCCAAGUGGGUCUGAUAGAGCAGAUUCAGGCUGUUUCAAAGAGCUGGCACCACAAAUUCGACCCACUGAGCAUUUUUUGGUCUAAAAGAGGUCUAGUAGAGGUCUAAAUGUAGCCUAGAUGACUGGUCUAAAAUCAGGCUACCACAGGUCUAAAAAAGAACGGUUUUUAAAUGUCUAAAUUUCGACCAAGUUUAGGCUAAAUCUAAAUCUGGGCUAUAUCUAUACUACACUACAUAUUGCUCAAUGGCUAUCAUAAUUAUUUUGGUUAAGUACUUGGAGAUCAGUUAUGCAACUCACAGUUGCUUUUUGAAAUAAACAGUUAUCGAAUAAUGGGCUAAAAUGAAACGUCUAAAUUCCAUUUAAAAAUAUGCACAAUCUAGAUGGUUUAAAUUAGGUCUAAAAAAAAAAAAAACUUGCCGUCCAAUAGCCGUCUUUUGCUUAAUGGGAGAGGUUCAGAUUUUUCUGGUAUUAUUUUAUUUUUAAAAAAUCCUAAUGGAUAUCAUUAACAAAUAUUCAUCUUUAUAUGAAUUUACAUGUGAACUUGUAAAAUUCAAAACCAUUAAACCGUGUCUUUAGGAGCUUUGAGUGGACUGUUCAGUUUAUUUCAAUCACUCACCCAGAAUUAGCAGUUUACCAGACAGGAAUUACACUACAAAGCAGACAGGGCUAAUGAUUAUUUAUAACAAGGCAAAAUCAAAUAACAAAAAGGCAUGCGGUGUGGAAAUCAGUAAAUCAGUAGUGAAGGCAGGUGUGCAUAAAUGUGGAUAUGAGAUGCGAGGUGAUGGUUGCAAAACAAAACAAGGACCGUGGCAAAUGGGGAGCAGCAAAAAAGGGACGGAAAAAAGAGGGAGCUUGCUUUUAUGGAUUGGGAGUGCUGGGUCCGGGCGUUUCCAAUACAUGAUGACCCACUGGCAGCAACAUAACUCACAACAGGCGGGGUCAUCUUAAAGGCUGCUUUACUCUGCUAUCAUGCUAAAAGCACAGCCUCUACAUAAAAUAUGCACAAAGAAGAAAUUUGGAAAGAUUUGUAAAUGUUUGAAAAAAAAAAAAGAAGCCAAUCAUUCAGAAUUUCAAUAUCUUAGCCAUAUUUAUUUGGCAUGUAAGAAGAAAGCUCAGUGUGUUAGCAUGCUAGCAUUUGCUCUUAAGCACAAAUUAAACAAUUUUGAUAUCAAAUAAGACUUAGAUGACUUUAACCAUAAAUGUAAAACAAAAUUAAAUUCCUCAUCAGUACAGUAGCUACUCUUUUAAAAACCAGACAAGAAGGCAUCUGGACUUGCACUCACUGGUAAGGCACACUUGAGCUGGGCGCUAGUAGUUACCCCCGGCACACUUACAAGGCGCUGGCAUGAUUGGAAACGGUGGGCUUCAGCAUUGUAUGGUUGCUCAUGUACUUGCACAAGGGUAUAUUGACAGUCAUUUUCAAAAAUAGCGAAAGUUUAGCUUUACAACUCAAUAAGAUUAUGAUGGUUCUCUGUGUUAGUGUCCAUUGUGCUGACUCUGAGGAUACUGAGUGUUAAUGUAAAGCUAUUAGUGUGUUGUUUUAUGACACAUUUACAUAUGUACAACAGUUUUAUGAGUUAAUGGACCUGGAGGGAUGUGAGUGCAGGGCGAAAUGGGAAGGCGGGACAAUCAUGUGUUGGCAUCGUAGAGGGCAGCUUGGCCUUCUGAGUGCACCCUUACACAUACCGUAAAUACUGACAAGUGGAGCUAUAAAACUAUUUAAACUCAAUAAUCAUGUCAAAAAAGUUUUACUGUAGACUAGAAACUGAUGUUUUAAGAUAUGUUUUGAAGUUAAAGUAAAGAUUUAGUCUUUGCGGCAAAAAGAAAGGCGGUUUCAUCACAACUCAUUGGUACUGGUGGGUCUUCUGGCAGCUCUUAUAGCU